AUUUUUAAUAAUUUUCUUUUCUUGUUAAUCUUGUACGAUGAGGCUGUAUGCAUUCCCAAAACGUUCCCUUUGCCGUUUAAAUGAACUGACCAUAACCUAUAUAAAAUGCUCAGAUUGAAAUUCGCGCAGCUUAACGACAACUCGUCGCCGACGUCACAUAACUGAUGAAACGCCAUUUCCCUCCAUUUCAUGUAAUCGCCGCCGCCGGCUCCGCUUCUUCCACCGCCAUCAGCUCUUCAUCUCCAAUAAUGUCUUAUCGAAACUCGGUGAGCUAGCUUCUCUGCCUUUUCCUUCUUUGGUCUAAAAAGAGCACCGGUUAUUGGAUUACAUUAGUUCCGUGUUUGGAAGUUCAUAAUCGUGUUAAUUGAUUACAGUACAGAGGUGGCCGAGGAUGGGGACGUGGUCGCCGGAGUUACUCGGACCGUCCAGUGGGUGAAGGUGAAGACCAUCCUCAUCAGUUCGUCGCCGGCGAUUCUCAUUUCCGGCAGGUCCAUAACGCCAAUCAAGGGUUUCGGCCGCCGUAUGGGAUGAAAAACUUUUCAGACUCCCAAUCUUCUACAACUAAUAAUACUUACCGGCCGAAGAAUUACAACCCUAGACCGCAGCCAGCACCGUUUAGGAAACCUUAUGGACCUUAUCCGCGGCCACCACCAUCCCAACAUCAGCAACCUUAUAGGCAGCCUAUGCCGCAAAAUGGCGUAAACCAGCAUCCUUACAGGCAGCCUCUGCCUCAGUAUGGUGCCAACAAGCAGUUUCGACCGGAGUGGCAGCCGCUGCAGCAGCAACAGCAGCGACAACAACAGCAGCAGCAGUUUAAACCAGGCCCCCCAAGAGGCUGGGACUAUCGGAAGUGGGAGUUUGCAAAACCGGAGCCGCCUCUUGAAUGGGGUACAUUCUUGCUCCAUCCCCUUUCUUCCAUGUCUGAGGUGCUCUUGAAGAGUUUUUAGAUGCAUUUUGAAGAGCGAUUUACGGUUCUAUCUUACAACAUACUUGCUGAUUACCUGGCUGCGGCUCAUCGUCAGCAGCUUUACUUUCACAUACCUGGCUACAUGAUGGACUGGGAGUGGCGUAAGAGAAACAUUGCCUUUGAGAUUGGGUUGUGGUCAGCUGAUAUACUUUGUUUGCAGGAGGUCGACAGAUUCCAAGAUUUGAAGGAAGAAUUGGGCCUUCGUGGAUAUAGUGGCAUUUGGAAGAUGCGAACUGGUGAUCCUAUUGAUGGUUGUGCAAUUUUCUGGCGGGACUCAAGAUUCAAGUUGCUGCAUGAAGAAUCCAUAGAAUUCAACAGGCUUGGUCUUCGAGAUAAUGUUGCACAGAUAUGCGUCCUUGAGUCUUUGUAUCUAUGCAAUGAUAGUGAUGCAGCAGUUUCUGCACCAAGCCUAAAAAGAGGAAAGCGAGUUGUGGUUUGCAACAUUCAUGUGCUUUUUAACCCUAAAAGGGGGGAUAUUAAGCUUGGUCAGGUAAGGGUGCUUCUGAGUCGCGCUCAUAGCGUCGCGAAGCUUUGGGAUGAUGCUCCUGUUGUUGUUUGUGGGGAUUUUAACAGCACUCCAAAGAGUCCAUUGUACAGCUUCAUUACCGAACAAAAGCUAGAUCUCUCAGAACUGCCUCGAAAUCAGGUUUCUGGACAAACUCCAGCAGAAACUCGUCCAUGGAAGCCAUCUAAUCCUCAUCCUGGGUCUUUGUCCGCCGAAAAUUCUUCUCAAGUUUCACCCACAGCAAUCCAUGAAUUAGGGACAGAGAACAGUGAGUCUGUAUCUGUACAGAAGCAAGAUUCUGCUAUUGAUAGUUCCGGAAAUAAAACUUCUGGGGAUGCUACCAUAUCGAUUUCUUUUUCGCAUGUGUUGAGAGAAGGUGUGAAAUCCAUGAACUUAGGAAGUGAAGAACUUGAUAAACAACUAAGAGAAAAUGAUACUGAAAUUGUAGGAGGAUGCAACUUUGAAAAUGAAUCCACAAUAACUGCAUCUUGUAACGACUUGGAGGACACUCCUGUUGCAUUGCAAGAUGUAGCUGCAUCCUCGGGCAGUCUUUUUAUGGAUGGAAAUCACGAUUCCCGUUUGUUGGAUGUAAAGACGGAGAGCUGCUCUUCGAAAGAGAUCCUUGAAGGCAGAAAUGGUAAUGACAAACCUAGUUUUCGGCCUGAGGAGGUCGAGUCAAUUGAAGAAUGUGCUAGCUUAGAGGGCCAAGCGGUCUGUCCUCCUGAAAGUGAGAUGCUGAAUGACAUUCCUGAUGUAGAUCCUGACAAUCUAGUUGUCGAUCAGUAUAAAUAUGAUUCAUCAGCUUGGACUCCAGCGGAAAUAGAAGCUGCGACCGGUAGUUCAUGUUGCAUGAUAGCGGAACACCCUUUGAAGUUACAUAGCGCAUAUGGAGAAGUUCAGGAUUGUUAUGGAACAAGAGAUUCAACUGGAGAACCUUCUGUAACCAGCUACCAUAAACGUUUCUUUGGCACUGUGGAUUACAUAUGGCGAUCUGAAGGCCUUCAAACUUCCAGGGUACUUGCUACUCUUCCAAAGCAUGCCAUGAUGUGGACGCAAGGCUUUCCAACAAAGAAGUGGGGAAGUGACCAUAUUGCGUUGGUUUCUGAACUGGCAUUUAGAGACAAUAUUUCCUGCCCAACUAGUGAAGUAAAGUUGGAGGAUGGUUCAUAACGUUUGAUAAUUCAGCAAGUGCACCUUCUGUACUCUAUUUUUUUUUUUUUCGGUAUUCCUUUGUUUUUAAUUCAGCACUUUGUGAACUAAAUCUUUUUCAUUCGUUUAGUUCAAUUUUUCGUUGCUUUAGCUUGAUGUUCGAGUUCAUACGAAGUUUUGUUAAAGGUCAUGAACUUGGUAGAAAAUGUGGUUUAUUUUAAAAGAACUUCCAUUCGGGAAACUGCUUGCUGUUUUUGUUUUUUUUUUUUU